AGGAAAAUAAAAAUUAAUGGAGUUGGGACGUUAUUGUUGGUGGCCAGUGGUGUUACUUUUGGUUCAUUUAGGUAUGAAUGGGUGCUUUGGUUGCUGGGAGCAAGAGAGAAUUGCACUCUUGCAAUACAAAGCUUCCGUCAACUACAAUGAUGAUUAUGAUAUUACACCUUGGGACUCAGCUGACAAAGAGAGUGAUUGCUGUGAGUGGGAAGGUGUCAAGUGCAACAUCACUACUGGCCGUGUAAUCCAACUUGCUCUUAAUAGCACGAUUUCCUAUUGGAGUGGAGAAAGUGGGGGAGGUUCGCACUUUAAUGCCUCUCUGUUUCUUCCCUUUGAAGAGCUCCAGUACCUCGAUUUUAGUGAUAAUUCCAUUCGUGGAUGGGUCCCAAAUGAAGGUUUUGAAAGAUUAUAUGUGUUGAGCAAGUUGGAGGUGCUUCACUUGGAGUAUAAUAAUUUCAAUGACAGCAUUCUUUCAUCCUUGAGUGGAAUUGCUUCCCUCAAGGAACUAUAUUUGGGGUACAACAAUUUGAAUGGAUCAAUCCCCAUCCAAGGUUUUGAAAGAUUCUCUUUGUUGAGCAAGCUGGAGGUGCUUCACUUGGAUGAUACUAAUUUCAAUCACAGCAUUCUGCAAUCCUUAAGUGGUAUUGCAUCGCUCAAGGAACUAGAUUUGAGUAAAAACAAUUUGAAUGGAUCAAUCCAUAUCAAAGAAUUUAAAGCAUUUAGGAACUUGGAGGAGCUUUACUUGAGUCAGAAUAAUAUCCAUGACUUCGUGACAACAAAAGAUUCAAGCAUCUUAACUAAGUUGCAACUCCUAGACUUGAGUGGGAAUGAUUUCAGUGCACAAGUUCUUGAGUCAUUAAUUGCCUUCCCAUCGUUGAAGACAUUAGAUCUUUCAAAUAACAAUUUGGAGGGAUCGUUUACCACUAAAGAGUUGAGCAAACUAAACAACCUUGAGCAGUUGAACUUGGAUGGUUCGUCGUUUGAUAAAAGUCUUCUUCAUAAAAUUGGAGUUAUGACUUCUCUUAAUGCAUUGACAAUGGUAGCAUGUGGACUGAAUGGCACCUUACCUGACCAAGGCUGGUGUGGACUUAAGAAGCUCCAAGAGAUAGACCUCAGCUACAAUAAUUUUGAAGGGAGACUACCUUCAUGUAUGGCAAACUUGACAUCACUCCGGGUAUUGGAUCUCUCUAACAAUCACUUCAAUGGGAACAUUGUCCAGUCUCCACUAUCAAGUUUGACAUCACUUGAGUACCUUUCUUUCUCAGAUAACAACUUCGCGAUCCCAUCCACGUUGUCCUUCCUUUCCAACCUCUCAAAUCUUAAGAUCCUAUUAAGUGAUAACAAUAUAUUAGCUUUGGAACCUGACUCCCUUACUUGGAUUCCCACCUUCCAAUUAAAGGUUUUCAGUUUGUCAAAUUGUUCGUCUAACAUUCACAAUAGGACACUUCCCAGACUUCUUCAUUACCAAUAUGAUUUGCGAGGUAUUGUUCUCUCUCACAACAAGUUGGUUGGGCAGUUCCCUACCUAUUUGUUAGAGAACAAGACAAGAUUGGAGAUUUUUAUUGUAAAUAAUAACUCUUUCACGGGGCCUUUUAUGGUGCCAUAUGAUAUUCGUCCCAACAUGUUGCGCAUAGAUAUUUCUAAUAAUUACUUACAUGGUCCAAUUCCCACAAACCUCGGUUUAAUUUUUCCAAAUUUAGAAUCUUUAAAACUGUCAGGAAAUAAAUUUGAAGGCAAUAUUCCUUCUUCUUUUGGGAAUUUGGUUUUCUUACGGAGUCUAGACUUGUCUGAGAAUCAUUUCUCAGGAACCAUACCAAUGCAUUUCAUAAUGGGUUGCUACAAUUUAGAAUUACUCAUAUUAUCAAGCAAUAGCUUCAGUGGCCAAAUAUUUCCUGCCAAUUCUAAUUGGACUAAUCUAAGAAAUUUACAUUUGGACAACAAUCAAUUCUCAGGCACACUUCCAACAUGGAUAGGGAAUGUGACAUCUUUAGAAGAUAUUGUUAUGGCCAAAAAUCAUUUUGAAGGUCCUAUUCCAAUUGAGUUAUGCAAACUCGUUGAUCUUGCAUUUCUUGACCUUUCUGACAACAAUCUUUUUGGCUCUGUUCCAUCUUGCUUCAAUUCCUCAAGUAUCAGUUAUUUUCAAUUAAAUAAAAAUUGCUUGAGCGGUCCAAUUCCAAGUUCUUUCCAAAACAACUCCUAUCUACUUGCACUGAAUCUUCGAGAUAACCAUCUAACUGGAAACAUUCCCAAUUGGAUUGGCAGCCUCUCAUCAUUGAGAAUUCUCCUCUUGAAAGCGAAUCAUUUAGAAGGUCAAAUUCCAAUUCAAGUAUGCCUUUUGCAGAAUUUAAACAUUUUGGAUCUUUCCUACAAUAAAUUUUCAGGUCUAAUUCCUUAUUGCUUGAGUAACAUUACUUUUGAUGCAUCUGCCCACAAAACUUCUUUAAGAGGUUUAUCUUCAGGGGUAACUUUUUUAAGGAGUUUGUCAUUAUAUUUGAACACAAAGUCAAAUAUUAUCAAAUAUCUCCCUUAUGAUCUAUCUACGUUUCGCGGAGUUAUGGAUGCUGAAGAAGAAGUAGAGUUCACUACAAAAACUAGAACUUACUCCUACAAGGGUGACAUCCUCGAGUACAUGUUUGGAAUUGACCUCUCAUGCAACAACCUAGUAGGUAAAAUUCCCACUGGAACUCGGUAGGAAGAGCAGCAACAUUCGUGCAUUGAACUUGUCACACAACAAUCUAUCCGGACCAAUCCCAGUAACAUUCUCAAAUUUAAAUCAAAUAGAAAGUCUGGAUCUUUCCUACAAUAAUUUGAAUGGCAAAAUUCCACCUCGGUUGACUGAAAUGACCUCUCUAGCGGUCUUUAUUGUGGCACACAACAACUUAUCAGGAACAACACCCGACAGAAAAAAUCAAUUCGUUACUUUUGGUGAAAGCAGCUAUGAGGGGAACCCUCUCUUGUGUGGACCUCCAUUACAUAAUAGUUGCACCAAAAUGAGACAACUAUCUAUAAUGCCAAUGGAUAUUGACGGGGAAGAAGGUGAUAGUUUCAUGGACAUGGGUAUCUUCUACAUAAGCUUUGUGGUGGCUUACAUAACAGUCCUGUUGGAAAUGGCUGCAGUUCUCUACUUAAAACCAUACUGGCGUAGGGCUUGGUUUAAUCUCAUUGAAGAUUGUAUUGAUACAUAUCGCUGUUUUUUUGUGGUUCUUUACCGUAAGUUGUUGAAUUUCAGCCUUCCAUAGCCUUGUAUUGCUACUUUUUUGUUGUGGUUUAUUACCGUAAGUUGUUUAAUUUCAGACUUGCAUAGCCUUGCAUUUUAAUGAUUACAUGUAUGUGUGUCUCUUCUUGUUGGAUUUUGAAUCUAAAGAUUGAAUUUUAAUACUA